UGGCCGGAGCAGUUCCACGCGGUGCUGUUCACGAACCUGACCAACGUCUCGAUUGCCUCGUCAGGCCCGCCGCUCCGCCUGCACGACCUGUACUACGACUGGCCGCGGCGGCGCAACCUGAACCUGAUCCGGCACCAACUCUCAGGCGACCCGCUGUACGAUGUGGAGUGGAACAACGGCACCACCUUCUACUUCGACUCGGCCACGUGCCGCACGGAGCAGUUCCCCGUCGGCGUGCUCCGCCCCGGGUGGCUCGCCGACGGCAGUGCUGUCUACCUCGGCCGCGAGACCACAGGCGGGUUCGACUGCCACGUCUGGGGCAAGGCCGGCUUCAUCGUCUACUACGAGGACGCGCUCACGCGCCGCCCCGUCCGCUGGAACUUCAUUGAUGUGACGGGGAUAGAGCAGUUUGUGAUGAGCUUCGAGGUUGGCGUGGUGCUGGAAGACGAUUCCCAGUGGCAGGCGCCCGCGCACUGCUUCCUCGAUGAAGCAGCCAACAAGACCAACGAGGAUGGCGAUCAUGUCGCCGUUUCGAAUGGCGUCAUGGACGCGGCCAGGCUAUUCAGGAAGUUUGCUGGAGCUGCCGCCGCCUACUGAUAAUGUCUGAAUAUGAAUACUUGGUGUGUGUUUUCACACCUUGCUACUGGGGACAUGGUUCAUCCAACCAUUGCUACUGGGGAUGGCACUCUGAAAAAACUCACGCUGUUCAAUUUAAUUUCCUUUGUAGCAAAGCUUACCUGUUUUCUCUCCCAUGCACAAGUACUGAUCACAAGGCAACUAUAUUGUGCUUAAUCAUUCUUGUAAACCCAAGUUUUGUUGUGCUUUCAACCUUAGUUUCAAAACUCAGACUGGGUAAGAGAACCGCCGAGUGUCCUGUUUGCCACUUCACCCAA